AGAGCCUGGUAAUCCCAAAACCUGGGGGGCUGAGGCAAAAGUAUCAAUUACUGUGAGUGGGAGGCCAGCCUGGAACAUAUAGCAAGAUCCUAUCUCAAAAAACCAAACCAAAGCAAACAUUCAUCUUAAUCUAGGGUUACAUCUGGAUAGGAACAACUCUUUAGCCUCCUGAGGAACUGUGCUUCCUACAGGCACUUAUUUCUAUGACACACUGAGGAACUCAGUGCUGUUUGCUAAAGUCCUUUUUGAGACAUCUUUUGAAUUGCUUGUUCAAGCAGUGGUUUGACUUGUUCCUUAUUUCCCACCCUAUGGACUGGACUGGAUUAGAGUGGAGGACCUGUCUGCUAUGUGUGCUAUGUGUGUGGGAAGAGGGGAAGGGCAGGCUGUUCCUCUCUGGAGGAUGCUCCUUUUAAUCACUGAGGCAAUGAGAUGUAAAGUCUUGAUGGGCCUGUAGGAUGGGAUGAUCACAGGGAACCGCCUAAUUUCUCUGCCCUUGCUGCAUUGUUCUAGCUAAGACCUGAAUUGCCCUACUCUCAUGAGCCAUCGUGUGAUCAUGGGAGAAAGUAUUCUUCUAGGGAAGGGCGGAGUUAGUAGAACUGGUGUUUGAAUCCAAGCCAUUGUACUAAGCUAGACAUGGUAUUCCUUUUUUCUCUCUUUUUUUUUUCUUUUUUUUUUUUUUAUAGGUACCGGGGAUCGAACUCACGACCGCCUGCUUGCAAGGCAGGUGCUUAUGCCACUGAGCUAAAUCCCCAGCCCUAGACAUGGUAUUCCUAAUGCAAUCCUCUCACUUCGGUUUCUCAGAUUGUUAAAAUUACAGGCAUGCACCAUCUGAUGCUGUUGUUGUUUUUGUACUGGGAAUUGAACUCGGGUCCUUGUGCUUGCCAGGCUGGCACUAUGCCACUGAGCUAUAUCCCAGCCCUGAUGAGCAUCUUGAUGAUCCAUGUCAGGUCAGCUUCCCUGCAGCAGAUCCUAAUCCAGGAUCUUUAGCUCCAUAGGUGUGAGAGAAGACAACGAGAGGAACCUUAGCAGGCCCAGCUGUGGGAAGUGUACGCUGCUGUGAAGGAUGCUGGCAGAGCCAGUACCAGCUGCCCCGGGGCAAGAGCAGCUCGGAGCUGUCAAGCUGGAGGAGGAGGAGGCUGCUGGCCUCAGAGGCAUCAGGCGGCCAAGGCCUGAGGUGGCUCACCAGCUGUUCAGAUGCUUCCAGUAUAAGGAGGACAUGGGGCCACGGGCAUCCCUGAGCCGUCUGCGGGAACUCUGUGGUCACUGGCUGCAGCCGGCUCUACACACCAAGGAGCAGAUCCUGGAGCUACUGGUGCUGGAGCAGUUUCUGAGUGUGUUGCCCCAGCACCUGCUGGGCCGCCUACAGGGGCAGCCACUCCGGGAUGGAGAGGAGGUGGUGCUGCUGCUGGAGGGUGUGCCCGGGGACACCAGCCAUGCAGGGCCACUGGAUUUUAGUUUCAGUGCCAGCAAGAAUUGUCCCCAUACAGACAUCAUCUUGGAGGAACAGAGGGGCCCUUGCCAGGUUGCCAGCUACAGUCCCAAAAAGGAAGAGCCCCCAGCCCUGCUGCCAUUGAAUGAAGAAGUGCCCCCAUCUCAGCCAUGGCCUGCCAGACCUGCUGAGCCCACAGAGUGGACACCUACCCCCAGUUCCCGGCAGCCACUGAGCCCAGGACCCCAGGGGACACUCCAGAUUCUGCAAGAAAGCACCCUCCAAGGCCCCUCAUUGUGGCCUGAGGAGUAUUCCCGUGAUCAGGAGCUGGCUGCUGUGCUGGAGUCCCUAACCUUUGAGGAUGUUCCAGCUAAGAAGACCUGGCCUGUGCACUCUAAAGGAUUUGAAAGCAGAACUCCAGACAAGGAGGAAUUUAAAUUGGAAGAGCCCCAAAAGGCUGCAUGGCCGACUGCCAUCUCAGCAGAGUCCCAGGUGAACAUCACUGAUUUGGCAAAAGAGCCUUUUGCUCAGACAGCAGGGCAGGAGGCAAAGAACACUAGUGAAGGAGCAAUCCCGCUUGACAGCAGUGAGAUUUUGGAGCUCACAGUGAUGGAGAACACCUCUGAGUCAGGCACCAAAACGCAGUUUAUCUGCACGGACUGUGGAGUGACCUUCCCACAGCUCUCCCGCCUGAAGAAGCACCAGCUGAACUCGCACCCAGGCUCACGCUCCUUCCUGUGCCUGUGCUGUGGAAAGAGCUUCGGUCGGAGCUCCAUCCUCAAACUGCACAUGCGCACACACACAGACGAGCGCCCUCACGCCUGCCACCUCUGCAACCACCGCUUCCGCCAGAGCUCCCAUCUGGCCAAGCACCUGCUCACACAUUCCUCGGAGCCCGCCUUCCUGUGUGCAGAGUGCGGCCGCGGCUUCCAGCGGCGCUCCAGCCUCGUGCAUCACCUCCUGUCUCAUGCCCAGGACCUGAAGUCCACGCCUACCCCAGAGGCUGAGGCCAAAGUGGCCGAGACCAAAGUGGCCGAGGUCUUGUGUACCCACUGUGGGCAGACCUUUCAGCGCCGCUCCAGCCUGAAACGUCAUCUGCGCAUCCAUGCCAGGGACAAGGAUCACGGGGGCGCAGAAAGUACACGUGGCCAUCAACCUGGUCGUGAGCGCAGGCCCCAUGCCUGUGGCGAUUGCGGAAAGGCAUUCCGGCGCCAUGAGCACCUAGUGACGCACCGGCGCGUGCACACGGGCGAGCGGCCCUUCUCCUGCCAGGCCUGUGGCCGCCGCUUCACCCAAAGCGCCCAGCUGGCCAGCCACCAACGUGUGCACACUGGGGAGAAACCGCACUCCUGCCCGCAAUGCGGGAAGCGCUUCCAGCGGCGCGCCGGCCUUGCCCGCCACUUGCUGAUCCACGGCAGCCUGCGGCCCCACCACUGUGCCCAGUGUGGCAAGAGCUUCACUCAGACCCAGGAUCUCGCCCGCCACCUGCGCAGCCACACUGGGGAGAAGCCCUGCCGUUGCGGCGAGUGCGGAGAAUGCUUCAGCCAGAGCGCACACCUCACACGCCACCAGCGCAUCCACACAGGGGAGAAGCCCCACGCCUGCGACACCUGCGGCCAUCGUUUCCGCAACAGCUCCAACCUGGCCCGCCACCUCCGCAGCCACACUGGAGAGCGGCCAUAUAGCUGCCCGACUUGCGGCCGCAGCUUCAGGAGAAAUGCCCACCUGCAGCGACACCUGGUCACCCAUGCAGCGCGGGCACAAGAGGGGGAGGCACCCCAGGAGUGUCAUGAGUGCGGUAAGACCUUUAGCCGCAGCUGCAACUUGCUCCGCCACCUCCUGGUGCACACGGGGGCCAGGCCCUACUCCUGUGCGCAGUGCGGCCGAGGCUUCAGCCGCAACUCGCACCUGCUGCGCCAUCUGCGGACCCACGCGCGCGAGACACUGUACUAAUGGUUGCUGCGGCCCCGGCACCCCAGCUCCAGGUGUCCCUUCCAAGAUGUCCCGGUCACACCUCCCUUUCUCUAGCUCCUCUCUGUCUGUUCCCCCCACCCCAUCCACACUUUUUUGCCUGGUCUCAAGGAAUGCAUUUCAAAUGCCCGAAGUAAA